AAAAGCAGGAAGAAGGAAGAAGAGAAAGACGAUUUGACCUCGCGAUUGAUUCGGGGUUUAGGAAAAAGACCAUUCACCGAAUGUCCCAUAGUACCUCCUCCACUACGAAUUUCCGAUGAUCCUCCUGAAUGGCGUUGUCCAGGUUGUCGAAAAUCCCGAAUCGUCGCUCCUGGAGCUUACAUUUGUUUUUGCGGUAGAUUGACCAAUCCACCCACUUCGAACAUCGCCCCUCAUUCAUGUGAAGAUUUAUGUUCUCGUCGGAGAGGAGGAUGUGACCAUCCAUGUCCACUGACUUGUCAUCCUGGACCUUGUCCGCCUUGUCAGACAGCUUUGAUCGUACCUUGUCCUUCACACCAUACUCCUUUAGCCGUGAAAUGCGCAGUGGUCAGUGGUAACACGGAGAUAGGUAAGAUGGGAGCGGUUUGUGAUGAGAUUUGUGGGAGAUCUUUGGGAUGUGGAAAUCCGGCUCAUGUUUGUCAAGCCCCAUGUCAUCACGGCGCAUGUAAUCCAUGUGCUCAAACUCAAGUAGUAAUGUGUUAUUGUGGCCAAGAAUCUCGCGUUGUGGCAUGCGGAAGUAUGCGUCAAGAAGAAAAACGUUGUGCGAGUAUCGGUGAAGAUGGUGUAGAAGAACACUGGAAUGGUCGUUUCAGUUGCGGAAAAGAGUGUGAUAGAUUCUAUGAUUGUGGAAUCCAUCCUUGCAAAGAGAAAUGUCAUCCCCAUCCUUCUAUACCACUACCAUGUCCUACUUCUCCAAACCUCAUUCAUACCUGUCCUUGUGGUCUCACACCUCUUUCUUCCCUCCCGGCCCCUCCACGGACAUCAUGUAUCAACCCUAUCCCAACAUGCGACAAGUCUUGUCCUCGUUCACGUCCUUGUGGACAUGCUUGUCCUCAGAAAUGCCAUGUUGGUGAAUGUCCUCCGUGUCAUUCGGAGGUGGUUCGACCAUGUAGAUGUGGAGAGAGUGUGGUGGUUUUGGAAUGUGAUGAAUUGAGAAAAUUGUUGGAUUCUGGUGGAGAGGUGAUGUGUGAACGAGUAUGUGGGGCUUUGAGGAAUUGUGGGAGACAUGAAUGUGGGAGGGUGUGCUGUCCCCUCUCUUACCAAGGCAAAAAUCGCAAGAAACGAGGAAUCAUGACACCUAUGAUCGACCGAGAAGACGAUUUACACGUAUGUGAACUGACAUGCGGACGAUUACUCAGUUGUGGAUUACAUACGUGUGCUAAGAAAGAUCAUAGAGGUGCAUGUGGACGUUGUUUGGAAUCAUCAUUUGACGAACUCAUUUGUAAUUGUGGUCGUACCAUCAUUCAACCUCCCGUACCAUGCGGUACAAUAUUGACUUGUCCUUUCCCUUGUUCUCGUCCUUCACCAUCAUGUGGACAUCCUAAAUCUCCUCAUCCAUGUCAUCAAACACCUGAUUGUCCACCUUGUCCAUAUUUAACCACUCGACCAUGUGCAUGUGGUAAAGAUCUUCAUGUCAAAAACGUUCGUUGUUCACAAGAUCGUGUUUCUUGUGGACAACGUUGUAAUCUUUUAUUGGAAUGUGGUUAUCAUCGUUGUUUAUUAUCUUGUCAUAAAACAGGAGAAUGUCAACCUUGUAAUCAAAUUUGUUCAAAACCAAAAAGGAUUUGUAAACAUCCUUGUAUGUUAACAUGUCAUGCUCCUAUCAAAUGUCAAGAAAAUUCACCUUGUCACACUAUCGUGGUUCAAACUUGUUCUUGUGGACAUUUACAAAACCGAACGAAUUGUGGAGCUUCAACAAAUAAUCCGAUAACAAGAGAAGGAAUAGGUAUAAAAUGUAAUUCUGAAUGUUUGGUAAGACAAAGGAACGUGAGAUUGGCGGAUGCUUUAGGAAUUAAAGUUGAUAAGGAGAAAACUUUUGAUUGGUCUUUGGAAUUGAAAAGUUUUGCUAGUAAUAAUAUCGGUUUUGUCAAAAUGGUAGAAGAUACUUUUGCCGAGUUUAUUAAAGGUACUAGGAGUAAUAUGAUUUUACCUCAUAUGCCUCCUGCUAAAAGAACAUUCGUCAUAUCUCUAGCCGACCAAUAUCGUCUUUCACGUGAAUUGAUAGAUGCAGAACCCAAUCGUUCCGUACAAAUCAGAAGGAAAAUAGAUACACGUAUCCCACCUGUUUUACUCUCACAAGUUUCUCAAACUCCGACGAUCGCUUCGAAAUUAAGAUCUGUAUUACCCAAUUCGAAACCAAACACUUCU